AUGGCUGCAAAGAAGACGGCACCCACAGAUGAUGAGCUCCUGGCACAGCUCGACGACCUGAGCACGCAGGCCUCAACGCGUGCCCCCAAGCCCUCAACGCGAACUGCCCGACAGGGACAACCAGCCCAAUCGUCACAAACGGAACAAGACCUACUGGUUGAGCUGGGAAAUCUAGCUCAACGACCAAGUAGUCGACCAGCCACUCCUUCUCUAAGACCGAAUGUUCCUUCGGCGACGGGCAACAGAAGCCCCAUGCGAACCUCAACCGCCACGCCUCCUCCAGGUCGGACAAGCGAAGAGAAGUCGAGCAGCGGUCAACGCAAGUCGGGUGAUAGUACACGUUCGUUCCAUCAAAGCUUCACACCAGCAACCACAACGACUGAAGAAUCCGCAGAAAAUGAAUCGCAAACUGAGCCGGCCCCAGCACCAGCCAAAAGCGGCGGUGGAUGGUGGGGUGGGCUGCUCUCGACUGCCUCUGCCGCUGUCAGCCAGGCCCAGGCGGCUGUGAAAGAGAUUCAAAAGAAUGAAGAAGCACAAAAAUGGGCAGAGCAGCUCCGAGGCAAUGUCGGCGUGCUCAAAGGGUUUGGCGGCGACCUCAGAAACAUAGCCAUGCCAACCUUUCAGAACAUCCUGCAGACGAUUGCUCCUCCGAUCUCUUCACACGAGCGACUGCAAAUCCAUAUUACUCAUGACCUGUCAAACUAUCCCACGCUUGAUCCCCUUAUCUACCAAGUCUUUAGUCGUGUCAUGGCACAGGUCGAGGGCGGAGACUUGAUGGUGGUCCAAAGAGGACAUGAGGCCGGACCGAAGAGAGAUUCGAGAGAAACGUCGCGACCAGUGGGCUCCUGGCAUGAUGGACCCUGGUGGAGGAGUGGAGAACGUCGAAGUAUCAAUGCAGUCAAAGGCAUGGUUGAGGGCACCAAGCUCGUCAGAGCUUCUGCUGAGAGCUAUGCCGAAGAAUACUUUGGAAGCAAAGGAGGGGUUGAAGAGGCUGCCAAGCGAGCCACAGAAACGCUUUCCACCUCGAACCCGACCAGAGACAGCGAGAUUUUCCUGGCCAUCCAAGCGAUCACGCAACCCGUGCCGACAGACAUGUUUGCCGCAGCACCGAGUCUGGAGAAAGACGAGCAAGUGAAAGAAGCGAAGGAGGAGAACAUGAGUGAAGAAGUCGUGUUCGCUGUCUAUCUGCACGAUCCCAUUCAUGGAAUCGCCUUCCAAGCGGUCUCUCAAGCCAUUCCGGGACAAUGGAUUGAUUGGCUGGAUGCACCCAGUGGCGGAGAAGGUACCUUGCCGGAGACUAUCGAGGAGAUUAUUGCAAGUGGUGGUAUCGAUCCCAGAGAAUGGGUGAGCGAGUGGGUCGAAGAAACGCUGAGUCUCGCGGUUGGCGUAUUGGCUCAGAGGUAUGUCGCGCGGAGGAUGGGUGUUGGUGAGGGCGGACCUGCGAAAGGCAAACUGAGAGCUGAUUUGGGUCAGCAAGCCAUGGUCCAAAGCGGCGGCGGCGAAGCUGCUCGGGCACUGGGUGGAAUGUAG